GAGCCUCAAAGUGCUGGGAACAAGCCGUGGCUGCUGGUGGGACGUUGUGGCUGCGGCCGGAGAACCCCCCGCAGGGGUGGGCAAAGCUCUACUGGAGAGUGAUGGAAGAUGCAGGAAACCAGACACGGAUCCUGACGGUUGAGAAGGAUGGAAAAGUCCAACUCUCAAAGAGUCCUCUUUCUCAGAGAGCCCGUUUCCAGCAGGAGACCCUGUCCCUGCAGAUCAGCCCAGUCAGCACAGCAGACAGCGGGACCUAUCUGGCAGAUUUUGAGACCCCCUCAGGCUCUCUCACCCCCCUGUUCUUCAGCGUGACCGUGUUGGAGCCCGUCCACCACCUGCAGCUGGAGACCCACGUCCUGGCUUGGGCGGAGGGCUGGUGCAACCUCUCGUUGGGCUGCACCGCCCCUGGGGCCUCCAAAGUCUCCUACCACUGGUCCUGCACUGGAGGAGCCCAGGACAACCAGUCCCAGCUCUUCUUGGGGGUCCAGGAGGUCACCAACCCCUACGUCUGUGACUGCAAUGCCAGCAACCUGGUGAGCUGGGACUCGGCCAGCACCGACGUUGCCAGAGCCUGCUACGCUGCGGCGCCAGGGCUUUUCAGCAUGAAGCUGUGGUGGGCAGUGGCUGCGUUCCUGGGGCUGGCACUGGUCAUCUCUCUGGCCCUUGUUGCCACGUGCUGCUGGAGGAGGAAGCGAAGAAAGGACCCCCCGGGAGAACCCGCUGAGCAGUUGCUGAGCUUCUACGCGGAGGUGGGAAAAGUCCAACCUGGCCAAGCCCCUAGUGGGACCAGUGAGGCCACUGUGGAAGGAAACACCAUUUACACUGUCGUCUACCCCAAAACACAGCAGGGACCCAUCCGUCCUCAGGAACCUGAGAGCUGCACCAUCUACGCCAGGAUUCAGCCCCUCAGGAAGUCUCCUUCUACCAAGAGGAAGAGACUGGACCCGGCUUUGGUCUCCACUGCCUACGUAGAGGUAAGAGGCACCCACCCAGGGGGGAGAUGA